GGCCAGUCUACCUCGCCGAGUUGCCUCCCACUCCCGCACCCCUACCACCUGCUGUUCGCCCGGUUCUCGCAGAUCAUCCUCUCGACUCUUAAUCUCGACUCUAUCUUCUGCACUUCACACAUUACCCCGGCGACAACAAUGGCCAUGACCCGCGCUAUCCUCUUCCUCGUCUCCUUCUUCGCCUUCCUGGCGGUCUCCUUCGGCGCUCCCAUCGCGGAGGCGUCCGAGGUCGACAAGCGCAUCGUGCACCACAAGGGCAGGCUCACCUGGUACACCCCGGGUCUGGGUAACUGCGGCAACUACGACACCGAGAGCGACAUGGUCAUCGCCAUCUCGAAGGACCGCUAUGACAACAACAACGGCGGCAACUGCAACCAAUGGAUCAAGAUCAAGAACACCGCCAACGGCAAGAUGGCCACCGGGCAGGUCCGCGACAGCUGCCCCGGCUGCGGCUACGACGACCUUGACCUCUCGCCCGCCCUCUUCCAGGCGCUCGGCAGCCUCGACGACGGCGUUCUCCAGUCCUCGUGGCACUUCCUCAACUAAGCGCGUCCGCGCGCUCGCCGGCCCACAACCUGACCGCUCGCGCCCGGUGCGCAGGCGCCGCGGUACUGCGCCGGUGCCCACUCGUUCACGCGAUGCCCCCCGCUCGCUCGUUUGACCUCUGGGCAUCCACCUCCGACAACCUAUAGAAUUUGUAUCAAAGAAGAAAUGGUCCUGGGUCUCUGGUGGGCCCCUGUUGUAUCGAUAUCUCAUGCUGUCCUCUCCCUCUGACCGGCGUCAUCUACCUCUUACGGGCUGUCCUUUACCUUAUACGAGCUGUCCUUUACUUAUAUGGUUUCCUUAUCCCGUGUACUUCCUUAUACUUCGCGUUGUACGUACGGGCGGCGGCUUCGACAGCCGCUGGGCAGUUUUACGCACAUAUCGAUGACCGGCACGUCGAGAUGUCAAUGGGCUCAUACAUAACAUAGAGUAUGCUGUAUUCGUUUGGGUCUUACGUGUAU